AUGUACCAAUACCACAAUGGAUCCAUCGGAAAUUCCUUUUGAUAUGGAUCCUUCAGAACUUCUUUUUGAUAUCGAAGCUUACAAAAGACAAUCUGAAAUUGAAGAAAGGUAUAUCCUCAACCAGUUUAGAGAGCGUCGGAAGAAAAUCGAGGAAGACUAUCCACCUCGUAGCAAGAGGAGAUACCACAAAAGAGAUCAUGCAGCGGUAAAUCAAAGAUUGAUUGACGACUACUUUUCCAAUCAACCUACAUAUGAUGAUACAAUGUUUCGUCGACGAUUUCGGAUGCGGAAACAUGUCUUUCUCCGAAUUGUAGAGGACCUAUCAAGAAGUGACGAUUACUUCACUCAACGAUUUGAUGCAGCUAAUAAAGAAGGUAUAUCUCCACUAGCGAAAUGUACCACAGCCAUGCGGAUGUUAGCAUAUGGUAUGGCAGCCGACGCAGUUGAUGAAUACAUCAAAAUUGGAGGUACAACAGCUUUGGAGUGCUUGCGUAGGUUUUGUAAGGGAAUCAUACAAUUGUACGAGCAAGUGUAUCUGAGAGCCCCAACUGAAGAUGACCUACAAAGAAUUUUGCAUGUUAGUGAAAUGCGAGGGUUCCCGGGAAUGAUUGGGAGUAUUGAUUGCAUGCACUGGGAAUGGAAAAAUUGUCCUAAAGCGUGGGAAGGACAAUAUACUCGGGGAGACAAGGGAACUACCACAGUUAUUCUUGAAGCGGUUGCAACCCAUGAUCUAUGGAUCUGGCAUGCUUUUUUUGGAUGUCCAGGCACAUUGAACGAUAUAAACGUUCUAGAUCGUUCACCAGUGUUCGAUGAUGUUGAACAAGGAAAUACUCCAAGAGUGAACUUCUUCGUGAACCAACGACCUUACAAUAUGGCGUACUAUCUAGCUGACGGUAUAUAUCCUUCUUAUCCUACUUUCGUCAAAUCGAUUAGGCUUCCACAGAGUGAACAAGACAAGUUAUUUGCACAAGUUCAGGAGGGAUGUCGAAAGGACAUUGAACGUGCAUUCGGAGUGCUGCAGGCUCGAUUUAAAAUCAUUCGGGAACCAGCUCGCUUGUGGGAAAUUUCUGAUUUGGCUAUCAUAAUGAGGUCAUGUAUCAUAUUGCAUAAUAUGAUUGUUGAGGAUGAACGAGAUACAUAUGCUCAACUCUGGACCGAUUAUGAUCAAUCUGAGGCAAGUGGAUCUAAUGCCCCACAACCAUUCUCGACCGAAGUGUUACCUUCAUUUGCAAAUCACGUGCGUGCUAGAUCUGAGUUGCGGGAUUCAAAUGUGCAUCACGAACUGCAAACAGAUCUAGUCAAACACAUAUGGCAAAAAUUCAGCAUGUUCCGUGGUUAGAAAGAUUUCCAAGUUUGUGAGUUGUGUUUAUUGUACUAAUUAUGUUAUGUGUUUUAU